AAAGCACAGGAGGAUGAAAAGACUCGAGAAAACCGUCCACUGUCUGAAGAGUUACUGUAUCCCCAGCGCCGCCGAGAAUGGGGAGGGGACGGCUGGCUUCCUCUUGCAGGCAAAUGACCGGCCGUAGAGUGCGUUUUUAAGGGGUGAUGUCAGAGAAAUUAAACUUGAGCAGCCAAACACACUCUCUACCUCAACGACGCGUUUCUCCUGUUGACGACGGCUGUGUAGCACACCCAGCUCACUCCUGUCCUGCUGGGAGGGGGGGCUGGCCGGCGGGAGACACUUAUUAAUUAUGAACGUGAAGAUGUCCCUUUAAGGUCUGCUGUGCUCUCCAAGAGCUGCAUCCGGAGGCUUAGUGGGGUAGAUUUGGCUUUAUUUGUACAUCCUAGAGCCGGGCUACUUUUUCGGGGAGGUUUCCAAAGCUCAGAGGUCUUUGGGGGGUGGGUGGGAGGAAAGUUGUGUGCAGGCAGGAAGCUAAAUUCUUCUUGAUGCGAAGAAACAAACGUAAAGACCGAAUAACAAACAGGAAAUGCCUAACUCGGCGGCGAGGCGGACGGGCGGUGCAGAGCACUGAGCUCCUUCGGCAGCGCAGCUCCACCGGCGGCAGGACCGCUCCCGCCACCGCGACUCUCCACCCGGGCUCCCAGCCCCGGGCUCGCAGGAGCCCUGGCAUGGCCGCCUCCUACUGGAUGCUGACAGCUCUCCUUCACCUUGUCCACACUUCCAAUGUUGAUGUGAAAAAUGCAAUGACCUUCAGUGGGCCUCUGGAAGACAUGUUUGGGUACACAGUCCAGCAGUAUGAAAAUGAGGAAGGGAAAUGGGUACUUAUUGGUUCACCAUUAGUUGGCCAACCUGAGAAAAGAACAGGCGAUGUCUACAAAUGCCCUGUAGGAAGGGACAGCCAGUCACCCUGCAUAAAACUGAACUUGCCAGUUGCUACUUCAGUUCCUAAUGUUGUGGAAGUAAAAGAAAACAUGACCCUUGGAACAACCUUAGUGACUAACCCAAAAGGAGGGUUUCUGGCAUGUGGACCACUUUAUGCUUAUAAAUGUGGACGUUUGCAUUACACAACUGGGGUUUGCUCUAAUGUCAGCUCCACUUUUGAAACCAUUGAGGCCAUUGCUCCAUCUGUGCAAGAGUGUAAAACCCAGUUGGACAUCAUCAUAGUCCUCGAUGGGUCUAACAGCAUUUAUCCGUGGGAGAGUGUCACAGCCUUUCUAAACAGCCUCCUGAACAACAUGGACAUAGGCCCUCAGCAAACACAGGUUGGAAUUGUUCAGUACGGACAGACUGUAGUCCAUGAAUUUUACCUGAAUACAUACUCGACAACAGAAGAUGUUAUGGCUGCAGCCACAAGGAUACGCCAGCGAGGUGGCACGCAAACUAUGACAGCCCUGGGAAUAGAUACAGCAAGGAAAGAAGCUUUUACAGAGGCUCAUGGUGCACGAAGAGGAGUACAAAAAGUAAUGGUUAUUGUUACUGAUGGGGAAUCACAUGACAACUACAGAUUACAAGACGUGAUUGAUGAUUGUGAAGAUGAAAACAUUCAGAGAUUUGCUAUUGCUAUUCUUGGCAGCUAUAGCAGAGGAAAUUUAAGUACUGAAAAAUUUGUAGAGGAAAUAAAAUCAAUUGCCAGUAAGCCUACUGAAAAGCAUUUUUUCAAUGUCUCAGAUGAAUUAGCUCUUGUAACUAUUGUUGAAGCACUUGGAGAAAGAAUAUUUGCCCUGGAAGCCACAACAGACCAGCAGGCCUCCUCAUUUGAAAUGGAAAUGUCUCAAGCUGGUUUUAGUGCUCAUUAUUCUCAGGAUUGGAUCAUGCUUGGAGCAGUUGGAGCAUAUGACUGGAAUGGCACAGUGCUAAUGGUGAAGGACAGUGGUAUUUCAAUGCCAACUAAUGACACCUUUCGUGACAGGACUUCCGAGAGAAACGAACCACUUGCAGCCUAUCUAGGAUAUACUGUGAAUUCAGCACUGACACCUGGAGGUGUACUGUACAUAGCAGGACAGCCACGAUACAAUCACACUGGCCAAGUUAUCAUUUAUAAGAUGGAAGGAAAAGAGGUGCAAGUAAUUCAGAGAUUAAAUGGAGAACAAAUUGGGUCAUACUUUGGGGGUGUUAUUACCACAGUCGACAUCGAUAGGGACUCAUUUACAGACCUUCUUCUUGUUGGAGCUCCUAUGUAUAUGGGAACUGAGAAAGAGGAGCAAGGGAAGGUAUAUGUUUACAGUCUGAACAAGACAAAUUUUGAAUAUCAGAUGAGUCUCGAGCCUGUAAAGCAGACAUGCUGUUCACCGUUAAAACAGGACACCUGCAAGGUUCUUAAGAAUGAGCCUUGUGGUGCCCGCUUCGGGACUGCAAUUGCUGCAGUGAAGGAUCUCAAUCUUGACGGAUAUAAUGACAUUGUAGUAGGUUCUCCCUUAGAGGAUGACCAUCGGGGAGCUGUUUAUAUUUAUCAUGGCCGUGGCAAAGCAAUCAGUAAAAAAUAUUCACAGCGUAUUGCAUCAGGUGGAGAUGGGGAAAAAGUGAAAUUUUUUGGCCAGUCUGUGCAUGGAGAAAUGGAUUUAAACGAUGACGGGCUGAUUGAUGUUACCAUCGGAGGCCUUGGUGGGGCCGCCCUCUUCUGGUCUCGUGAUGUGGCUGAAGUAAAUGUUUCCAUGCAAUUCACACCUAAAAGUAUCAAUAUCCAACAACAAAAUUGCCAGAUAAAUAAAAGAAAAACAAUAUGUAUAAAUGCCACAAUUUGUUUUAAGACCAGACUAAAGUCAAAAGAAGAUAUAUUUGAAUCCAGUAUGCAGUAUUGGAUUACUCUUGACUCACAAAGACAAAUAUCUCGAAGCUUGUUCACAGAAAGCCAUGAGAGGAAAAUGCAAAAAAAUAUAACUAUCAAAGGGUCAGAAUGUACUAAACAUAACUUCUACAUGUUGGAUAAACCUGACUUUCAGGACUCUGUAAAGGUUUUGCUGGAGUUCAAUUUUUCUGAUCCAGAGAGUGGACCUGUUCUUGAUAGCAACCUGCCAAAUUCAAUAUCUGAAUACAUUCCUUUCACAAAAGAUUGUGGAGCCAAGAAUAAAUGCAUUUCAGAUCUUGUUCUUAAUGUAAAAGCAAGCAUAGCAGGAGACAGCUCUUCUCCAUUCAUUGUAAAGUCACGCAAUGAUAAAUUCAUGAUCCAGCUCUCUGUGAAGAACAAAAAAGACAGUGCCUAUAAUACCAGAGUUUUGGUUCAAUAUUCUCCAAAUAUUAUUUUUGCUGGCAUUGAGGAUAUACAGAAAGAUAGCUGUGAAUCUAAUCACAACAUCACCUGUAAAGUGGGAUAUCCAUUUCUAAAACCUGCAGAAGAGAUUUCCUUCAAAAUAUCAUUUCAAUUCAACGCAUCGUAUCUCCUGGAAAAUGCUACUAUUCAUGUAUACACAACAAGUGACAGUGAAGAACCACCUGAGACGUUGAGUGAUAACAGAGGACAUGUUACAAUUCCAGUAAAAUAUGAAGUAGGAUUAAUCUUUGUAAGCAUUUUCAAAGAGCACCAUGUUAUAAUUGGGGCAAAUGAUACCAUCCCUACCGCUAUUAACACAACAGAGCAGAUCGGGGAUGAAGUUACUUUACAUUAUAGGAUUGAAAAAGGUGAACAUUUUCCAAUGCCAAACCUCACACUGCAGAUCUUUUAUCCCGACGUAACAGCAGCCAAGAACACUCUUCUCUACCUUACUGCAUUGUCACAUACCCAAAAUGCCAUCUGCCAAAGUAGUUACCCUGUAGAUCCCUUAAAGAUCAGCACUGGGAAACCAUUUGUGUUGUCAAAAAUAAAAGAACCUAUGAAGGAUACAAUUAUGGCCUGUGAUACGUACAGCUGUGCCUCUAUUAAUUGUGCCUUGGUCCCAUCUGACAUAUAUCAAGUGAAUGUUUCACUAAGAGUAUGGAAACCUACCAUCAUAAAAGCCAGUAUUCACAGCUUAACCCUUAUUGUGAAAGCAUUACUUAGGAGUGAGAACUCAUCAUUGAUUUUGAGAAAUGACCAUCAAAAACUGGAGACCAUGAUUAAGAUUUCCAAAGAACUCCCACCGGGUACAGUCCCCUUAUGGGUUAUCCUCCUGAGUAUCUUUGCCGGACUCCUGAUUCUUGCACUGCUUAUAUUUGCUCUGUGGAAGGCUGGAUUUUUCAAAAGGCCUCUAAAGAAGAAAAUGGAGAAAUGAAAAGAAAAACUACAAAGCACAGAAAUUUUUGCUCAGGUCUGCCUCCAAAAUGUUACUGUAAAAUUAUAAACUUAGGUGCAGUGAUUACAAUGUUUUCUAAACUCUGGUGUAUUAAAAAACCCCUAGAAGUAGAAAAACAAGAAGGAAAUCAAGCAUACAUGCAAAGGAAUAAUGCAAAGAAAGAAUAAACAACCUUAUGGCAUUUUGUGAUACUCAAGAAUAUACUUUCAAGUGCUACUCAUUUUUGGAGAGUAACUGAAUUCAAAGAUUCUGACAUUUUUUAAUACGGAAAAUGUGUCAUCAUAUUUUUAUGUGGAAUCAUUUAUUAUUCCAAAUUACACAAGAAUUCAGCUUGUGUGUAGCAAUCCCAGUCUUUUUUAUCACCUUACCAUUUUGAAAAGGAAAAAGCAUCAUUUUCAGAAUUUCUUUCUUAUGUCAGUUCUGUGAAAGCAGACUGUCAGUUCACAAGGCAGAAUAUGCAAACUUUGAGUGCACCAAAUACUGUAUGAUAGCUGAUGCAAUGACAAUUCAGAAGACAGAAGCACCUCCAGAAUUUUGCGUGAAAAUUACUGAAAUUGGAUUUCUUGGAUUUCUCCUUCUGCCUACUGUAGCAUGUCCCGCUGAACCCAGGAUACUCCAAGGAAGAGAUAUUUAUGGUCAAGUGGACCAUAAAGGAUUGAUCCAUUAAAUGAGAUAACUGUUUGAACUUGAAACAGAUUUUUGGCAGGCCUAAAAUUGCACACUGUAUUCAAAUAAGCAGGGGCACAAUUGUAUCUGCAAGUAGAAAUACCCAUAUUUAUGCAGAAGAUGUUUAGAAGCACCCUGAAAGUUUGACUCUUGCUGUAUAUCUUGGAGUAGCCAGGAGAGUGCUUUAUAAACUGUCACUGUAAAUUUAGUGUGUAGCUAUUUAAUCCAAUGAGUUUAAAGUGUACAAAAUGAUAGUUAAUAAAAGAGCACAGAUAGAAAAUUCAGCACUGGCAAGCUUGUUCUAGUAUUAUAAGUCACACCUCAUCGUUAUUACUUAUGCGUUUAAAAAUUGAUGCAGAAUUUGCAUACUAAAAGCACUUAAAAAUGAUGUUUAUUUUUGUGAAAGAUUAAAAGUUUAUAUGAGAAUACACUGAAAUGUAGAUAGCAAAAUGUUUCUUUAAGAAAUUUUUUCUUUCUAUUUAGAUCAUUUAGUUUCCUCCUUUCUUUUGUGUGCUUGUCUCCCUGGGGCUCUUUGCUGUGCCUUGUCCUUGAGAGCUUCCUAUAUUACUUGCAGUCACACAAAAUUAACAAAAGAAAAAUGAGGCAUGCUGGCAAAGUGUGAUGCUGCCUCACCAUGAGGGGGCUCAGUAUUGGUUGCCAACAGAUCAGAAAAUAUUGAGGAGACUUACUACUAAGUUCUAUAAAAUGUACUUUUUUGCAGAAAAGCUUUGCCUUGCCAGGGAAGCCAGGAAAAUUUGUUCCUCUUCUUGGGACAAAUGUCACUGAAAGGAAAAAAAAACAACAUUGCACUUUUCCCAAAUGUUUUUGCUUGUCAAUAUCUUUAUAGUAAUAGCUUAAAAGGAAUAAUAAAUUUUACAAAGAUUUUUUUUUUAAGAAGAGAGCAUAGACCUGGUUGAAGAUGCUGGCAAGUACAACUCUGAAAGUGUGCCAGAAGGUGUUCCAUCACUUGAAAGAUGCUGUCACCCUUCAGUCACUUCUAUUUAGUUCCUAAAUUAGAGAGAGUAGUUAUUGGGACAGGCUAAGACUUAUGUGAAUGCCACAAGUAGGAUUAAGUCUGAAAGUGUUUGCAAUUUCUUCUUGUGUCUGUGGGAAAGGUGGCUUUUUCAUAGCAGCAGUCUGCUGAAGGUAGCAGUAUGACUCAGAGGAGAGGGCAAAGCCCUCUGUGGGAACACUGUGGGUGGCUGUGCUUUCCAGAGCCUGGGAGAGCCACUGAGCCAGUGGACUUGCUGUGCUCUUGUGCACAGCUGAAAAUGCACCCUGUCUGAGAGGGUGUGUCAGCUGCCCUGGUUCUGAACACAGAAGGAAGACAUGAAUGAAAGCAAAAAAAUAACAUAGAGAAGCUGUGGAUAGAAUGCCUGCUUCAUUCAUUGUGAAGGAUGACAAAAUUUACUGAACUGUAAAGAUAAAUUAAUAUUCACAGCUCUGUUUUCAGUCCCAAGCGAGAUGCAGGUUUUAUUGUAAGAAAAUGUAUGAUUUUGCCCAUCUGUUUUGAAAUAUUUAAAUGGCACUUGUCACCAUAGCAUUUGAAUGCCUCAGAAUUGUAAUUUUUUUUCUAACACUAUCUCUGUAAAAGCAUAGCAGUGCUGUUAGCCUAUUAUGGUUUUGUAAAGGAACAGAAUUAUGAAGGAAUUUUGACUCACCUAUGCACACUUAGAAAGUCUAUGGUAGCAGAGGAAAUACUUGUAUUUAUUAUUAUUCAUCCAGUUUGUUAAUCAUGAGGUUAUUUUUCCUGGCUUCAUAAAAUUAUUCAAAAGUUGUGCAAGACACAGCUAAUUCUUAUGCAGCAUAUUUUUAAGUGUUUCACUGUUUAGUUAUGAUAAGCUGUUAACCAACGCUUUUCAUUUUUCUUAUGACAUUUCAUGUCUAAUUUUAAAGCAUAAGCCUAACUGAAAAAUAUAUAAGCCAGAAACCAGUAUAUUUCCCUAGAUAAAGUCUAUGCAAAAAUAAACCAGUAGUAUUUUAUCAAUGCAGAGUAUGUUUAAAAUCGGUGGUCUGUUCAUCUUAGACCUACUUUGCACUGUAAAAACAGUAAUAAGCUUCAUGUAACCACACUGCUUUCCUCUUUGUCGUGAUGCUUUCUCCCUUUUCACAUCUGUCCUAUUAUCAUAUUUUUAAUUAUAAUAUCUAUUUAAGAUAUAAGUAUACAUACAUACAUAUAAGUAUGUAAAGGGGAUAGCACUAUAGCACAUUAAUCUUACACAAUUCUAAGCGAUUAGUAAAAUCGCUACUUUUAUCCAUAAUAGCCACACAGUGCUAUAAGAGCAGUAUUUUACUGCUUUUCAUGAUACACAAUAGAAAAACCUACUGAAAACAAUAUUGCAAACAUCAGGAACAUCUCACUGAAGUUUAGCAGGCACAAACAGUAUCAGAACAGCAUGUAAUCUAUUUUGUUCCAAAAAAUAGACGCAUUAGCUUGCAAUGUGAUUCUAAUAACUAAUAAGCUAAAUAUUUUCCAUUGAAAUAAAAGCCUGUAAAAAAAAUUAGUAAUAAAUUGUGCGUGUAACCAGAGAUUAUCAGCUCAGUUCCUAACUUCAGCACUGAAGUGGGUAACUUAGUGGAAAUGGACAAGCUGCUUUUCUGUACUAUAGAACUUCCCUUGAAAGGAGCAAGGGCUUUAAAUGGUCACUCCUGCUUCAAUUUCAGGUUGUUCUAGAGGUUGCUUAUCCCAUAUGUAAUUUUAGAAGACUUAGGAAACAGCAUCUGCAGUAGAGCAAUCCACCUGGGCAGCUGAUUAUGUUCCUUUGCUUGUCUGGUUUCACUCUAGGUCAUUAUUAUGAGCCAUUACUCCAGACACAAUCUUCCUGUCCUCACCCUUUACCUGAGUCCUUGAGUACAUAUCCUGUGCUGAGUCAUUUUGAGCAUGAUGUUCCUCUUCAGAGCUUGAGUCAGGGGAAUCCACCUUAAACUGAAGCCAAGGGAUUUCAUCUCACCUGGCACCGAGAGCCUGGAGUUAGGGUCAUACUCAUCUAAUGAAUUCCACACAGUCUAAUUGGUUAAAUUCUUGAAUUGACCUAUGGCAUAGAUGAUGAACCAUUUGAAAAUAAAAGCAGAGAAGAUAUUCAGAAUGUACUGCUGUUAACUGUACCACUUAAAAGGAAUAAAAGGGGAUUUGUGUACUUCUAAAGAAAAUCACAAUAUUCUGCACAGCAUUUUCUUUUUCCUGUAAAAUUACUCCAUGUGCUUUAUUGAUUAAAAAAAUUAAAGAGUCUCCUGUGUAGUUUGCUUGCUUUUCAUUGAUAUAAGAAUAAUGUAAAGGCAUCUCUGUAUCUAAAAAAUUCAUCUACCUGUCAAUAGAAAGGCAUUGUAGAAACAAGCAUACUUGCACAGCAUAACAUCAAGGAAAGCUUGAAUGUGGUCAGGCUGUCAGAAAUACAUUGUCAUUAGAUGUAUAGAGUUUGUACUCAUGUUUGAAAGCUUUUUAGAGGAUUAUAUGACUUCUUGACACAGAGUUGUUUCCAUGACACUAAAUAAAAGUUGAAGACACUUUCAUUCUUCUAA